CCGGAUAUAAAUAAUUUGCUGCCCGGAUGUCUAUUAUUUAGUUCCCGGAUAUGAAAGUAACCAUGUUUGUCGUGCGGUCUGUUAGGCGAUUAAAAUCGCUUCAACGUUUCGAACAAAGUGUGUUACCAAUCCGUCCUAUCACUUGGUCAUCCGUACAGUCGAUGGAAAGUAACAUUUCUGUUGAAAGCGAUAAUAAUUGCUUGAACAACGACGACUAUUUUGGAGUAUCAGAUCUAUUCACUAAACAACAGUUGAUGGAAAACUUGGUUCACAUGGGUCACAAGACCGGAACGUGGAAUCCGUUAAUGAAGCCGUACAUUCUCGGAGAACGUUUGGGAGUCCACAUCAUCAACUUGGAUGAAACGAAGAGGCACCUCGUUCUUUCUCUAAACGUCUUGGCUCAUAUUGUCUAUCGAAGAGGCUCCGUGUUGUUCAUACAUUCGAGACCAGAAUUCGACUUUCUCACUCAACGAACUGCGAGAGAAUGUGGUGAGAUGUUUGUCUCAUCUAAAUGGGUUCCCGGUUCGCUUACAAACAGGAGUAAAGUGUUGGACUCGGCGUGGUUACCUGACGUGGCCGUAUUUCUCAGCACAAAGUGUGAUAAGACGGCAAUAAAGGAAGUUGCCAUGUGCAAUAUCCCGAGUAUUGCUGUUGUUGAUACCGACUGUAACCCGCAGAUUAUCAUGUAUCCCAUCCCUGGAAAUGAUGAUUCGCCUGCAGCAGUUAGUUUCUUUUGUCAUAUUUUUAAGACGACGAUUCUGUUAGCAAAAGAGAAGCGGAGACUUAAUUGUACUGAACGAGUUGAAGACGAUAGACAGGAAGAACUAAAUGCUUGAGUUUUGAGGCAAAUUGUGUGAUUUUUAUGUAUUAAUGGAAAACAUAUUUGCUUGUGGUAUUGACACAACA